AUGCCUCCUAGGCUCCCGCACCCCGAGGCCUUGUCCCUCAAUCGCUCCGGCUGGGCUGCGCAGUUUCUCAUCGACACCACCAGCAAGCGUUUCUUCGGCAUCAGGUCUCUCACCCCGCCCAAACACAGUCGAUAUAAUGCCGGACCGGAUAUUCCUGUACUCAAAUCCACACCGGCAGCCGCCUUGGAACGCCGAAUAAAAGCAGACACCAUGCCGCUCCGAACGGGUCUGCUGGCCAUCAAAAAGGGCAUGACGGGUUUAUACGAUCCCGAGACGGGGAAGCGCACUCCAUGCACCGUUCUGCAGCUUGAUCGAUGCCAAGUCGUUUCCCACAAGACAAUGGAUAAACAUGGAUAUUUCGCAGUGCAAAUAGGAAGCGGGUUUAAAAACCCUGAGCGAUUGACGAAUUCGCUUGUCGGUCAUUUUUCGGUGAACGGUGUUGCCCCCAAACGAUACGUCCAUGAGUUCCGGGUGCGAGACGAGUCUGGGCUGCUUGGGAUCGGCGAGACCUUACAUGCGGAUUGGUUCCAGGUCGGACAAUUUGUCGAUGCGCGCUCAAAUACGAAAGGUAAAGGGUUUGCCGGUGUGAUGAAAAGGCACGGUUUCCAUGGUCAGGAUAGGAGCCACGGUGUCAGUUUAACCCAUCGUUCUAUGGGUUCUGCAGGUCCAAGUCAAGGAGGUGGUUCUCGAGUUUAUCCUGGCAAGAAGAUGGCUGGAAAUAUGGGCAACGUGCAGAAUACUUUGCAGAACUUGAAGGUUUUACAAGUCGAUCGUGAGAACGGCUUGAUUGUUGUGAAUGGCUCUGUCAGCGGACCCAAGGGCUGUCUUGUCAAACUUCAAGAUGCACUCAAGAAGCCAUGGCCAAAAGUUGAUGCACAACCUAAGCUGGAAACGGUGACUGAAGAAUCAUAG